UUUGCAUUUGUGCAAACUCGGACUUGGUUAAAAGCCCUUUCUCUAAUACAACAUUCGUGCAUUGGUGGGAUAAUGUUGCGGUGCUCUGGAUUACCAUUUCUUCCCGGUAACACCUUCCAGGAUAUUGGUCGUUCGAAGUUUCACAAGUCGCACCACUUCGAUCAACGCAACCAGGUGUGCAUUCUGGUCGACGCAAAGCGUCCCGGCAUCGGCGGCAAACCGUUGCUAGCGACGGACAGUCCCGAGUACACGCUGCCCUCGCUGUACCCGCCCAGCUAUGGCCCUUCCCGGCCGGGCUGGCUCGAGUACGACCGGCAGGUGCUGUGCUUCUACGGCUACUUCCAGGAAUCGCUCGGCAACGUCGAUCGCAUACCGUACCAGAUACGGAACGUGCGCAUUCUGUACUACCUCGAGGAUGACACGAUGCAGGUAAGCGAACCGCGUACGCUCAACUCCGGCAUCCCGCAGGGUUGCCUGGUAACGCGCCAGCGCAUACCGCGACCGCCGCCGUACGACAGCGAGUUUACCUCGCUGCUGGACCUCAACAUCAACCACACGGUGCAGCUGUUCGACCGUGUCUACACCAUUACGGGGUGUGACGAUUUUAGCCGCCGCUUUCUCAACCGGCUCGGUGUGGCCGUGCCGGGAGCGGUCGAGCAACCGAGAGAUCCUGCGACGGAACUGCGCCAGCAGCAGGAUUCAGCCAAAAUGGCCCGCCGGCCGGCGUACAAAAUCGAUACGCUGGGCAAAUUUCUCCAGUACGAUCGGAAGGUGCUCCGGUUCAAGGGUGUCUGGGACGACCGGGGCAGCGUGUUCGGGGACGUGCACGAGCUCGAGGUGCUGUACCAUCUUAGCGACGACACGUUCGAGAUCAAGGAAAAGCUGCCGGUCAAUUCGGGGCGCGAUUCGAAUGGGAUGUUUCUGCGCCGCGGUCGGUUGCCGAAAACGUUCGACCACCUGCCGGCGAUGGGCGCCAGCACACCGGUCACCGUGCUGAACGUGGUCGGCGGUGGCCUCAAGGGCGGCCGCUACCUAAACGACUCGGUCGGAAUUGGCAAAGCGGACGGGAACUACUACCGGGACGCCGAUCUGCGUAUCGGGGCGCGCCUCAACGUGUACGGCCGGAUGGUGCUGCUGACCGGGUGCGACCAGUUCACCGAGAGCUACUACCGCGAGUCGUACGGGCUGGAGGAUUUCACCCCACUGUACGGGUACAGUGCGCCGCGGGAGCAGUUUGUGGCGGGGCGGCGCACCGAGCGGGAGCUGCCCCCGUUCAACGGCUGGGGCACGCACGAGGAUUCCGAGGGCAACUGUCUGACGCUCGAGCCGAAACCGCCCAAAAUCAACUUCCGCAAGUUCGUCGUGUACGAUCGGUGCAGUUUGCGGUUCGGUGCGCGGAUGGUCUCCAAAAUACAGGAAAACAACGAUCGCUUCUUCGUGAUCAGCUACUACCUCAGCGACGAUACGAUCUCGGUGUACGAGAUUCCGAUACGCAACUCGGGCUUCCUCGGCGGCGAGUUCAUCAAGCGCCGGAAGCUGGCCCUGCCCCAGCAGGACCCGUACGCGGCCGAACGGCCCGCCUGCUACGGGCCGCAGCACUUCUAUCUCGGCGCCACCGUCCGGCUGCAGGACCACCAGUUUCACAUCACGAAUGCGGACAUCUAUGCGCUGCGCUUCAUGGAGCAGCACUGCGAGGAGUUUCCGCUGUCGAAUCUGGGCAAGAUUGUGCGCAAGCUGCGCGAUGCAAUGCAGCCCCAGUACAAGGAGUACGUGGCGAAGCACAUGGCAAAGAUAGCGCAGGUAAAAAUAGACGGGCGCACGGUCAGCACGAUCACGUACGAGGCGCUGCGCGAGAUACUGAUCGAGCUGCUCGGGGAGCGCAUCGUCGACCAGGAGAUCGUGACGCUGUGCCGAUUGUUUUCGGCCGAGUCGGAGCAGCCGGAACCGUGCGAUCGGGAGCUCGUCCGGUCGGCCGUGCACGCCGAGCUGAACCGGGCGCUGUGGAGCGAUCUGGAGCGCACCAAGGAGCACAUCUAUCAUCUGGAACCGACCGGCGCGGAAUGGCUGACGCCACAGCGCAUCCGAACGAUCGUGAAAGCGUGCAAGAUACCGUUGGACUGUGCGCUGGUCGACAAAAUGCUGCAAGUGUUGAAUAAAAAUGGAGAGGGCAACAUUUCGAUGGAAGAUUUCCUGACCAUGCUGAACCCGGCAGCCGUACCGAGCAAACCGAUACAGCCGCUCAACAUUAAGCACGAUGUGUGCCACUUUACGCCGUACCGCGUCACUGGUAAGCUGGUCAACUGGGAUGAGCUGUUGGCGCACAUCGACCUCGAGCGGACGUUGACGAAUCAAACUUCUUAAAUUGUGGCCAACUAUCGUGUAGUAGCAGUGUGUGUGAGUGCUGACACGUGACAAGGCUGUUGCGUGCAGUAAAUUUUGUGUGAGUGCAGUUUUACUAAAAUAUAUUUUUCUGGAAAUUGGGGCUUUUUUGUCUCUCAUGACGAAUGUAAUAAAGAGAAGACUUUCAUAAACAA